GACUAGUUAUCCAAUAUUAUGACUAAAACUUUAGUAAAGUCUGGACAGGAAUCUUUAGUUAUGUCUUAUUUACCAGAAUAUAAUCGUAGUUAUCAUCAUUCUGUUUGCAAGGCGUAUAAUAUUAUCCGUCAUGUAGUGGAUACGUUGCGUAUGGACGACACGGUUUUUGCAACGGCGAUGAGCUACUGGCACGAAUUUGUUCUUCAGCAUGGACGCAGGAAGAUUCACGAAGCGGUACUCGGUACAGCGGCGGUCUUUUUGGCUGGAAAGGUGGAACACUACAAACUACGUGUCGAUCAAAUGUUGAAAGUUGCGCUGGAGGUGGAUGUUGAUAAAAAUCCCAAAGGUGAAGAUGUAGAAGCUUGGCGACGCAUGUUGUUAGAUGUGGAGCUGGUUCUGCUUGACUCUCUCAACUUCGACUGUCAGAGGAGCCAUCCUAUUAAGCAGCUUCUGGUUCUGCUUGAGACCCCUAACAACCAUCCAGCAUCUAGGCAGACGAAGAACGAGGCUGAUAUGGUCAAGCAGCUCCAACAUGUGGCGCACUGUCUGUACAUGAUAUCCCUUAUCAGCCCCUUGUGCGUCAAGUUUUCGUACCAAAAGAUUGCUGCAAUCAUUCUUUACAUGGUGGUUUACUUUUCUGGCAAUGAGAAUGCGUAUGCGCACAUCUGGAAGCAGUAUCCGCUGCCUGAGCUGGAGGAGCGGGAUUGCAUUAUCGGAGUUAUAAUGGACGCCUUUAUUUUUACGAGAAAGAAAACUGGUCUACCUCAGCUAGAUGACCUGAUUGUUGCUCGUCGAAAACGUGUACGUGAGGAGGAUAGUCUCCCCAUGGAGGUGGUCCGCUCAUCUGGGUUUCAUAGUAGCAGCGUUGGCAGCGAAAGCUAUGAAGGCUCGCCCUUUGCGCGUCCGGUGGAUUAGUGGAAAUAGACAGCAAAUGCUGUAUGAACGCUCGUUUCCGUAUAAUAGUCUGGCAGCGCAUUUUGUUUUUUUCAGAGGCCUCUAUACGCCCGAGUGUUGCAUUUCCCUUUUUAAAUAUUCUUGGGUACUCUAUUGAUAUUAUUAUUUAUGCGUGUACAGUCAAAUCCCCCUAAUCCCGACAGACACCACUUAAUAAAUGUAGAGUGCACUAUUGCUGUUA